AUGGAGGUCUCCUCGUCUUCACAGGCUCGGUUGGAUGCCCCAUGGAUUGAAAAGUAUCGUCCUGUUGUUCUCUCCGAUAUUGUUGGUAACGAAGCGACAGUCCAAAGGCUCGAAGCCUUCUCACGCACCGGCAACGUACCUCACAUAAUCAUUGCCGGUCCACCUGGCUGUGGAAAGACCACCUCUAUUCUCUGUUUAGCUCGAGCUCUCCUUGGCGAGUCGUAUAAGGACGCAGUUCUGGAACUUAAUGCAUCCAAUGAUCGUGGUAUCGAUGUUGUCAGGAAUCGCAUCAAGCUUUUUGCUCAGAAAAAAGUCACUCUUCCACCUGGCCGCCAUAAAUUUGUUAUACUUGAUGAAGCUGACAGCAUGACUGACGGAGCUCAACAAGCAUUACGUCGUACCAUGGAGAUCUACUCAAAGACCACUCGUUUCGCUCUGGCUUGUAAUGACUCCUCCAAAGUCAUCGAACCCAUUCAGUCUCGUUGUGCUGUUUUGCGCUACGCCAAACUCACCUCUGUACAACUCAUGGCGCGUCUUUUGCAGGUUGCUAAGGCGGAAGGCGUUGACUACACCGAUGAAGGGCUAGAAGCUGUUGUUUUCACCGCUGAAGGCGAUAUGCGACAGGCCCUGAAUAAUCUUCAGUCAACUCAUCAAGGCUUUGGUAUGGUUACCAGCGAAAAUGUUUUCAAGGUAUGCGAUGAACCCCACCCCCUAUUAGUGCAGAACAUGAUUGACACGUGUCUAAAGAGUGAGUUCACUGCUGCUUACAAUAUUCUCAAACACCUUUGGCAGCUGGGCUACUCAGCAGAAGACAUCUACUCGAUGCUUUUCCGUAUUGUCAAGAAUCAUCAAAUGGAUGAGUACUUGAAGUUGGAGUAUAUUAAGGAGGUCGGUCUCACACAUUUACGGAUUGCUGAGGGUCUAGGAACCCUUCUUCAACUUGCUGGUCUCCUAGCACGUCUUUGCAAGAUUACCCAAGAAACUGCAAAGUGA